AGUUUCGUGGCGAGCGGUCGUCGUUGUGGUGGUCCGUUUGUUCUCUUUUGUCGUCUGAGAAUAUAUUUCGUGCCGUGUCUGAGAUAUUCGUUUUUUGUAGUUGUUGCUUUUCUUGUUUUUGAGAAACAACCACAACAAACUUGAUAGAAGUUGUAAUUAAGUUGAGACAGACAGACACCUGUUGUAGUACGAUUCCACGUGAGGCUAAAUAAUUCAAAUGUGGGGGAUAAAGAGAAACUACAACAACAACAACAAUAAUUAUAUUCUCAACAUUUGUUUACCUUGAACCGACGUUGCCGCUGCCACCAACAACACCAACAACAACACCACCACCACCAUAGGCACCACUUCCAGUUCCAGUUGCAGCUCCCCCGCCAGUGGACGUCACCUGCGUGAACAUGAGUUACCGUAAUUUAAUUCAGGAUAUUCAAGAGAAAUACUCAUUUCUGGAUAAUCUAUUCAAUCAAUUCUGGAAAUCCAUCAUUAAAACGAAUUUAGCACUCAAAUUACAAUUGAGAAAUAUUAAAUGGAAAAAUGCCAAAGCUAAGCCUGGUCAGGCAUAUCAGCCAACUGAGAUCGAACAGAUGGCAAAUGUAAUAACUCAUGGCAUUUGGAUUGUACCCGCUCUAUUUGCGGCCAUCAAAUUAUUUGAACGCUCGACUAGCCCUAAUCAAUAUUUGGUAUCCUGGGUAUAUGGCGGUGCCCUUUGUAUGCUAUUCACCGUUUCAACCUUUUUUCAUUGCUCCUGCUACUGUGCGGAACACAAACCACCAGCUAAUUACAAGUCAUGGCCCACAUUGGGAUGGCAUACGUAUCAGGGAUUAAAGAAUAUACUUCAUCGUUGCGAUCGAGCCAUGAUUUAUGUUUUCAUUGCUGGCUCAUAUUUUCCAUGGAUAACACUUGAGAACACUGAUCAUUCGGCAAUAUUGUUUUGCAUGGAAUGGUUAAUUUGGUUAAUGGCUGGCAUAGGCAUAGCCUAUCAGCAGAUGUUCCAUGAACGUUACAAAUGUUUGGAAACAUUUUUCUAUUUGAUAAUGGGUCUGGGACCUGCCUUGGUUGUGAUAUUAACCGGACAUGAUUUCAAUGGAAUGAUACAAUUGAAAUACGGUGGUGCUUUUUAUAUAUUGGGCAUUAUAUUUUUCAAAUCGGACGGUUUGAUACCCAUGGCCCAUGCCAUAUGGCAUUUGUUUGUGGUGCUAGCAGCGGCCUGUCAUUAUUAUGCGAUAUUAGUGCAUCUCUAUCCAAUUGGUGCAGAUGAACAAAAUCAGAAUUUAAACUCAGUUGGUACUUAGUCUAACCAUGUCACCGUCCCCCAGCAUCAACCCAAGUCAACUUUAACAUAAUUCAUAUAUUCCUUUAUCAUCGUCAUCAUCAUCAUCAUCAUCAUUCUCAUGCAUAAUUAUAGUCAGUACCCGAAAACACUGCUCCAGAUUUAGCCAAAUUAUUUUAGGUACAUUUUAGAUACAUACUUUGCACGGAUUUAUAGGUUUACGUACAUACAUACUAAAUAUAUUAUAUAUAUAUAUAUAUAUAUACUAUAAUGAAGACGUAGUAGAUGAUAAAAAUCUAAAACAAAAAACAAAACAAAAACGAUUCUUGUGAUGAUAUAUCUGCGGUCUUGCCAAAGAUUCAAAUUAUAUUAGAUCUAUAUACAUAUACAUUAUAUACAUUACAGAGCUCACAUUUUGGCUAUGUGUGUUUUCAAAAGACUUCGACAACUAUAUACUAUAUAACAAAACAAAAUAUUGUAAAAAAAAACCAACAAAAUAUUGUACAAAUUAUCCUAUAUGCCUACCAAUAUAUGACUUCCCCUGUUCAAUCUCAUUAAAAAUGCCCGCCUGAGAGAAUAUAUGUAUGAAAAUUUAAAUGCUUCUAAGCAAAUCCUCCCCUUCCACACCUAAAUACAGGUAGCACGAACUCGAAGUAAACUAUUGUUGGCCAGUAUUGAAUAUUGUUUGCUCAGGGAUAAAUAUGAUAUAUAUUUUAUUGUAUAGUAUGGAUAUUUGUAUGUAUGUAUAUUGGGUUCGUAAUUAUGAAGGGGAGGGGGAAUGUCAUUCAUUCUCAUAAAAUUCUAUAUAUACGAUUUAAAACUAAUAAUAUUGCUGAUUAUGUUCUGUAUUCAAUAAUAAAUGACAAAUACAAAUUCCUCAAAUGCUGUUUAAUAA